GAGCCGGCCCGGAUUCUGCCUCAGACGUCGCGGGCGUCAGCUUUUCUGCUCUCGGCGUUUGUCUCGAUCGCCCGGACCGCUUCCGGAGGCGAAGGUCAAUCAGUGGGUACAUUCAAAUGCUCGCCGGUUGCCCGCACUACUGUUGGUGCAAAUUAUGCUUCUUCUUCUGCGCAUGCAUCGAAGGCCUUGCGAGCCUCGCGUUCUUUGAAUAUUCUUGGCUGCGAUGAUGAUGGACCUGAUUGUGCAUUGCUCGUUCAGGUUUCGCAACACGAGGAGGCCGGAGCCGUCGUCGUGUGGCUCGUCCGGUUCGUGCUCGCGGGUGUGUGUCUAAGCGCGCGGCGUCGAGAGGCAGCGCGGGCAUUUUUCUGCGAUUUUCUGCGUUGGCAGCGGUUGCGGCGUAGGGCAGGCAGGGCCCGCGUAGACAUGCGAACUCGGUCGUUCGCGUGACUGGAUUUUGUACAUAAAAAAAGAGGCGGCUGUGUUCACUCUCAGAGUUGAGAGGUGGGAGGUGUGAGCGCGGCCGGUGUUGAAUUCGGGAUCGACAAUGUCAUCAGCCGAAAGCACGACGAUGGCCCAGCGGAAGCGGGAGAAGAGACCUGCUUCUUUUGCUGAUUUCAUUGUCCAAUUCAGAUGGAUUGUCGUGGUGCCCGUGGUGCUGCCGCUGUCGUUCAUGUUCUAUCAGUACAAGGCCUGGCAGCUCACAAUACAUCGCUUUCUCCAUGGCCCUUCGAACGAUGAGACUCACGCCGAAGCCAUCAAGAAGGUGCAGAAGAGAAUCCGUGAGAGGAAGGCCGCCACCGACGGGCUCAUCUGCACUGCACGACCCCCGUGGUUGGGAGUGGCUUUGAGAAACAGCGAACACAAAAGAUCAACCAGGUUCGAGGUCGAGCUCGGGCACCUCUCGACCAUCGUCUGGAUUGACAAAGAGAAAAAGCUCAUGAAAGUCGAGCCUAUGGUGUGCAUGUCUCAAGUGAGCCAUGCUACUCUGAAACUCGGUCUUGCACCCGCGGUUCUUCCCGAGCUUGAUGAUCUCACCGUCGGAGGUGUCAUCAAUGGCUACGGCAUUGAGGGAAGCAGUCACAUUUACGGCUUGUUCGCCGAGACUUGCACUGCUUUCGAAAUUGUGCUGGGUGAUGGAACUUUGGUCAGAUGCACUGCCGACAACGAGCACUCCGAUCUGUUUAAAGCCAUUCCAUGGUCUCAUGGAUCUCUUGGGCUCCUGGUUGGAGUUGAGUUCCGUUUGAUUCCCGUGAAGGAGUAUAUGCGCGUCACGUACACACCUGUGCAUGGAGACUUGAAGAAAAUUGCCCAGGUCUACACCGACCUUUUCUGUCCUCGCGAUCUUGACCAGGACAAUCCAGAGAAGGUGCCGGACUUCGUGGAGGGUAUCGUCUAUUCGGAAAAAACAGCCGUGAUCACCACCGGUCGUUAUGCUAGCUACGCUGAGGCUCACAACAAGGGCAACAAGAUCAACGCUCUCGGGUGGUGGUUCAAACCUUGGUUCCACAUUCACUGUGAGAAAGCCUUGGAAACAGGCGAGUUUGUGGAAUACGUCCCAAUCCGACAAUACUACCAUCGCCACACUCGCUCUCUGUACUGGGAAGGUGGUCUCAUUGUUCCCUUCGGUAACCACCCACUGUUCCGCCUUUUUCUUGGAUGGUUGAUGCCUCCUAAGGUGAGCAUUCUCAAGUACACACAAAACGAUGCUAUCCGCAAGUACUAUAUUCAGCGCCAUGCUUGCCAGGACUUGUUGGUCCCACAGCACAAGGUCGCAGAAUCUCUCGAAUUUUGCCAUGACGCCUUUGAGACCUACCCCGUGUGGCUCUGUCCCCAUCGAUUGUUCAAAAUGGAGUGUGGCACUAUGCUCGAUGCUGAGAAAGGGUACGCUAAGAACAAGAAGCCGGGUGACACAGAUUACGCACAAAUGUGGACAGAUGUCGGAGUUUGGGGGGUUCCCGGGCCAGUUUUGCGAGAGGAGGUUUGGGACGGUGUGGAGGCUACCAAGAGCAUGGAGAAGUGGCUUAGAGACAACAACUCUUACCAGUGUUUGUAUGCUGUUGUCGAACAGACAGAAGAGGAAUUUUGGAAAAUGUUUGAUCCCACUUUGUACACUGCAAUGCGAAGAAAAUAUGGAGCAGAAGGAGCAUUUAUGCCCUUGUACUACAAAAUUUCCAACACCAAGAAGACGCCGCAGGCAACGAAGAAGGAGAAGAAUCUAUAAGAUCACACGUACAAGACUCACUUCUGUCCCAUACAAGUCUGUACUGCGGCCGGAUUGUUAACUUUCUGUCAUUAACCUUGCACCAUUGUGUACAUACCACUCUCCGCAGAAGAUGUUAGAUUAGGUCUGCUGAGGCGGAACUUUUUGACACCCGAGUCGCAAAGAUUUCUCUUGGAAAGUAAAGUGGAGUUCCUAUGCCAUAUAAUU